CCUGCCGACUUCUUACUACUCUUCCUGGUUUUAAGGUGGAUGUUACAACGGGUGCCAAACAAGUCUAAAGUUGUUCAGACAUGGGAGGAUAAUGUACCCUACGGCCAGUAUACCGCAGCCAGGCGAAGCUUGUUCAGAGCAUAAACCCCGCUUUACAAAAUGAUGAAAAGACGCUGCGUUUUGGCGGCUACCGAGCAGCAGCAGUAACGUCAACCGGGGACGCAGCUGUGAAACAGCGGGUUAGCCGCUAGCUUGUUAGCGAGCUAACAGUAGGCGAUCAGCUACUGUUAGCAUCGACUGUCUACUUGGCGUUGACCAGCUCGAUUCAAGUUUGACUGAAGACCUGAUUCAGGACAGCCCGAAUGUGCUGAAGGGAACAACAUGGAGAACAAAGAUAAAGUACAAAUGAGGAAUCACCCUCGCAGACAGCUGAAGAAGCUGAGCGAGGACAGUCUCACCAAGCAGCCAGAGCAAGUUUUUGAUGUCCUGGAGAAGCUGGGUGAAGGGUCUUAUGGUUCUGUAUUUAAGGCUAAUUAUAAAGAAACUGGGGAGAUUGUAGCCAUUAAACAGGUUCCUGUGGAGUCUGAUCUCCAGGAGAUCAUCAAGGAAAUCUCCAUCAUGCAGCAGUGCAACAGUCCCCAUGUCGUGCGGUACUAUGGCAGCUACUUCAAAAACAGUGACCUGUGGAUUGUCAUGGAAUAUUGUGGUGCCGGAUCAGUAUCCGAUAUCAUCCGAAUUCGUAACAAGACGCUCACAGAAGAAGAGAUAGCCACAGUUCUGCACUCAACACUGAAGGGUCUGGAGUAUCUUCACUUCAUGAGGAAGAUCCACAGAGACAUAAAAGCAGGCAACAUCCUGCUGAACUCAGAGGGCCAGGCCAAACUGGCAGACUUUGGGGUUGCUGGACAACUCACGGACACCAUGGCAAAGCGAAACACUGUGAUUGGCACUCCGUUCUGGAUGGCUCCAGAGGUCAUUCAAGAGAUUGGCUACAACUGUGUGGCUGACAUUUGGUCACUGGGGAUAACAGCUAUAGAAAUGGCUGAGGGCAAGCCACCCUACGCUGACAUACACCCGAUGAGGGCGAUCUUCAUGAUUCCUACCAACCCUCCCCCAACGUUUCGAAACCCAGAUUUGUGGUCUGCAAAUUUUCAAGAUUUUGUCAGCCAGUGUUUAGUGAAAAAUCCAGAAAACAGGUCUACAGCCACUCAGUUGUUACAGCAUCCGUUUAUCAAGUCAGCCAAGCCCAACUCCAUCCUAAGAGCCUUGAUCACAGAUGCCAUGGAAAUCAAACUGAAGAGGCAAGAGGAGGCAGAGCAGAGAGAACAAGACGCAGAAGACGAUGACAAUUCGGAUGAGGAUGAGGUGGACCAGGGGACGAUGGUGCGGGCUGGAACAGGUGACUCUGGGACCAUACGGGCUGCUGGUUCUUUAGCGAGUUCACUUGGUAGUACAGCUGGGACAAUGAUUGAACACGAGGACACAGGAACUAUGCAGUCACAGCUUGGCACCAUGGUUAUCAACUCUGAUGAGGAUGACGAAGAAGCAGGCACUAUGAAAAGGAGAGAUGAAACGAUGCAGCCAGCCAAGCCGUCUUUCCUGGAGUACUUUGAGCAGAAAGAGAAGGAGGCAAACAGCCAUAAUGAUGGAGGACGCAGAGGAGAAGACAACGCAGACAACCGCAAACUGCCUCCUGAAGGAGACCUUGAGGUGGUGAGCACAUGGUCGGUGGAGGAGCUGCGGUUAAGACUCGCCUCUCUGGACCCUCAGAUGGAGCAGGAGAUCGAGGAGAUUCGGCAGCGGUACCAGUCCAAGCGACAGCCCAUCCUCGACGCCAUUGAAGCCAAAAAGCGGCUGCAGCAGAACUUCUGAGAAGGAUCUGCGGCGCUCCUUACAGUACGACACCUACAGGAAGUUUUCUCUCAUUUGUACAGCGGUGUGCAGAUGUUCCUUCAGCCAGAUGCCCGGCUGCUGCAUGAUGCAUUUGGAUAUGACAUUUGGAAAUCUAUCUGAACAUGUGUGAUUACUGUCACGUUGGAUGUUAAACAGGGGAGUUUGUGGAGCUUAAUAUUAGAAGAUCCUCCUAAGAGCUGUCCUCUGACAGAAAGUUCAUGGCAUUUAUCUUUUUGGUUUCAGUUCUAAUGUACUCUCGUUAGGAGUACAUUUGCUUUUCUACUUUUAAAUAUUUCAGUUUCAUUCUGACAUCAACAUCUGAUCUAGAUCUGCAAGUUCCUUUCUGCUUACUUCAAACUGCUUAUUUCUUAAACCGUCAUAUCCAUUUAAGUUUUUUUUUUUUUUUUUUAUAUAUCUAUCAGGUACACUUUCAUUUAAACUGCUGACUGUUCUUUGGUACCUCUUACAUUUCUUCCUGUCAUUGUUUAAAAACUGAUGCUGCUAAACUUUUGUUUCCUCCAGAAAGUGAGAAUCUAGAAAAAAAUCAACCCUUUGGAGCACAAAAAAAAUGCUGAAGAUACAGGAUGCAAAUCACUGGUUUUCUCAUUGCUUCCUCUUUGAACGUGUGUUGACGGUGAGACUUGGUCUUUACAAUCAGUCUUCCUAAAUAUUAAUAUGUCGCCACAAAGAGUUGAGACAGCAGGGUCCUUUAUUUUUUUCCUGUUCUUGUCAGUAAUUUGGUCUGCCAUGUGGCAGAUCCGGUACACUUAGCAUCUGAUAACUUGUUUAGUCUGUGCUAGAAACUCUGAAGUUUUUUUCUUUUGAUCAUGAAAAUUCACUUGCUGUUGCAUUUUCAGUUCUCAGUGCUGAAUGUCGUCAUUUUGUGAUGUUGGAGCACAUAGGAAUUCUUUUUUUUAUAGUCCGAUCACAGGUUUGUGCCUCAUAACCAAAUACUGUAGCUCUAGACAGGUUCUUGGAAUUUGAAAGUUAGAAGAAUAAGUAUUUUUCUCAGUGCAGCUUCAAUGAAGAGAUAAACUACAGAGAUGUUUAUGUAAAGAGGCAGAAAUAUGUCAGGUUUGUGUGGCUGUUUUUCUAUUUUAGAGCAAGUCAGAAAAUCAACUUCCACUAUUAUUUUUUCCCCACUUAAAAAAAAAUCUAUCGUACAAAAUAUGUACUGAAAAGUAAGGGCAGCUGGUGGGGGGUAAUUCUUUAU